UCCCCCGGCUUGUUUUCACUCGGAGUGAGCGAUCGGAGUUGACAAAACAAAUGUGUACCGUGGAUUGAAGAGUCGGUGUGUCACAGUUCAGGUGGAUCUAGAUGAUGGACACGGAGAAGAGAGUCCAAGGGAAUACAUGCGGACUACUCGAUCAAAUUUCACGAAUAAGUAAUUUCUAAACAUUUUCUCAGACUCGUAUGACAACAGUGGCCGCUGAUUGUCCUCGCGCAGGACAUUGAGUGUCUGGUGCCGAGUUGUAUUUGCUACCUUGCUGCGAAGUUCGUGUUGCGCUUACUUGAUUAAGUGAGUUUUGAACGCGUAAUGAGGUUUACAUUCGCGAGGCCACUUGUUGAAAUCGCACCCAACUAAGUUCAGUAUUGUGGUCAAUAGCAUUGUUUUGACUCAUUGAACAUUAAUUUGGCUGUUCAAUGAGUCAUUCUGUUGUUUUAAUGUUGGAUUAUGUCACGGCUGACUCUACCUAUCUCACCAAGCAUUGUCAAUCAAGUACACACAUUUAGACAGUUAAACGUCGGCCAAGUGUCUACUUCAAAUAAUAACAAUAAUGGUAGACAGUUAAAAUAGUUCUGUAAUCAUAUAAAAACGAAGUAAACGUUUUUCUUGUCAGAUUUACAGUAUUUAGCUCGCUAGCUGGAGGACUUGAUGGUUUUGUGACUCUAAGCGAAAUAUUUUAGCUUUUCUGUUUGGGAAUUGCACAGUAUUCAUAAUCUUGUCGUUGUUUCUUCCCACGAUACAAUAAUAUAACAUUUAAAGAGCUGGUUUGAUAAAACCAAAUAAAUCAGUCUUAGCUAAACUCUUGAAUAUUUAGCGAUGUCCAGUUUCCUGACAAACUUUUAGCAAACAGAAAGUCGAUAUACAUACAAACAUUGGCGCUUCAGGGAAAAACAGUUUCAGCACACCAUCGUUAUUUUUCAAAUUUGUUCAAUUAAGUCAGUUAAGUUGUUAAUGCGACUGUUUCACCACGUUUUCCUGCUCAUUUACUGUGUGGUAGAGCGCUUGUCAUUUAACUGACCUCCUCAAACCCAUCUAAAGCAUCUGGACUGCGCUCUUACAUGCGUUUCAGACAUGGGGGGACAAUUUAGAUACAUUUGAUUCUCAUAUCGCGAAAGAUCGACACUCAUUUCCCUGACAAGUUGAUCUGUGGCCCAACUAUGUCGGGAUCCCCGGGCUCGAGUGGCUCCAACCCGCGGAAGUUCAGCGAGAAGAUCGCGCUGCACAACCAGAAACAGGCGGAGGAGACGCGGGCCUUUGAGCAGCUCAUGACAGACCUCACCGUCUCAAGGGUGCAGUUUCAGAAGAUCCAGCAGCUCCGUUUGUCUCAGAACCGGGCACAAUACUACGGUGGCUCUCUGCCCAACGUCAACCAGAUUGGCAAUGCCAGCUCUGAUUUCCAGGGGACAUUUCCCUCUUGCCUGGACUCUGUAAGAGGGACCAGACAUCAUGGUCUAGUGGAGAGAGUCCAUCGAGACCGGAAUCGGAUCAACGCUCCGCACCGCAGACCCAUUGACAAGCACGGACGGCAGGCUGAGAGUUCUCCAUAUGGAACGAUGUACCUUUCUCCUCCCCCAGACAACAGCUGGAGAAGGGAGCAACCUCCAUGGACCGAAGAGAAACGACCUGGAUUUAGAUUAAUAUCGCAGCUUAACAGAACAAACUCUGACUCCGCUCUGCAUACCAGUGCCAUGAGUCCAAACCCACAGGAUCCUUUUGGCAUGAACCAGCAGAUGGGCAGAGGGCCUCCCCAGCGGAACGCGAGCAUGAAUGAAGCAGAGGUCGAGAAUACUGGAGAUGUGUUCUCAUUUCCUGGUGUCACUAAUGAGGAGAAUAUGCUUGGUGUGAAUAAGCCACUGCCCAGACAGUUGUGGGAGGCCAAAAAGGUGCAGUCUCUGUCCUCCCGGCCAAAGUCCUGUGAAGUGCCUGGAAUCAAUAUAUUCCCCUCUCCAGAGCAGAAUGCGGGUCUGUCUCACUACCAGGGCACGUUAAACACUGGUGGCUCUUUGCCUGAUCUUAGUAACCUGCAUUUCCCCUCUCCGCUCCCCAAUCCGCUGGACCCCGAUGAUGCCGGAUAUCCCAACCUGAGCGGAGGCAGCAGCACCGGUAACCUCCCUGCAGCCAUGAUGCACCUGGGCAUUGGAAACUCUCAUGGGCUGUCAUCCUCCCUAAGCAACCCUUCCAUCCAGGCGUCACUCAGCAACUCUCAGCUGCACUCAUCUCUCAGCAAUCCAUCCAUCCAUACAUCUUUGCGUCUCUCCUCGCUGCCCAACCCUCCUCCGACGGGCAUGGCGAGUUCACCCAGGAGGCGGCCGACCCCCAUUAGUCCUCUGACACUCUCACCAGGGGGUGAUCAGCGGCGAAGCCUGAGCAAGCAGCUCUCGCCGACAAUGUCACCCUCUCUAUCUCUGAUUACACAGGGGGUUGCCUUGGACACCAUCAACUUGCAGAUGGAGCCACCACCUCCAUACCCCCUUUACCAGCAAUCCCAGCAGCCCCUGCAGCAGCAGCAACAGCCUCCCCAGUCCCAUCUGUCUAUGCAGCAGAGUUCCCAGCAUCAAGUGGUGCAGCAACGACAGCCUCAAGGCAACCGCCAGCACCAGCAGCAACAACAGCACCAACAACAGCACCAGCCUGUGUCACCUCUGCAGAAUGUCCAACUCGACUUUAAUUCCAGUGCUCACAACAGCAUGGGAGCAUUCUUUAAUGAUCCCUUAAUGGAAGCACAGUUCUCUGGACGUCAGUCCAAGUGUUCAUCCUAUCAGCAGGAUCAAUAUAAUAUGUUGGAGAAUGCCAUGAGCUGUGUGGCAGGUGGAUUUGACCCUUCCUACUACUUCUCCCAGGCAGCCCUCAUGGGCUUGAGCGAUAGCCAUGGCAAUCUGCAAGACCAUCUUCAGAUGAGGCCCAACAUGCUCUACUCUAAUUUUGGAGGAGGAGUGCCCAACAUUAUCCUUACCGAUGACUCCAAUCCCAACCUGUCUAAGGACAUCAGCAGCGUGUUAUCAGCCGUGCCCGAGUGUUUAGACUCCGAAGGAAUUUUUCCAUUGGAGGAUGAACUUCGUAUCGAGCCACUCAGCCUUGAUGGACUGAGCAUGCUCAGUGACCCAGAUAUGGUCCUGCCUGACCCCUCCGUAGAGGACAGCUUCCGCAGCGACAGACUUUGAAAAACCACACGCAUGUAUACACACGUAAAUACAAAGUCCAUGAAGACUAAAGCACAGAACCUAUAGCACUCACAUGUUCUAUACAAAUACAAAAAGAUGAACAUGUCUUGUCAUUUUUUACAUUUCCUCAAACCAAGCGCAUGCAUAAACACUACAUGUUGAUAUAAAGUGAAACAUCAAACAUGCAUGACUCAUUGGCCAUUCUCGCUCGGCAUGUUCCAUCUGCCUCCUAAUACACCGUUCAUCACUCAUCAGAUGUGUGAAACAAAUCUGGGUGCUUCACACGUGCUAUGACCUGUGAAGAAAACGAACCAAACAUGCAAGCUUGGACACAUUUAACCCACAUUUAUACUGUGUAAUCUAUUAAUUGUGCAGAGUGACAAUCAGAACACUGAAGCCCUAGCAAUGCUAAACAGAGACCACCAUUCUAACAGUGAUGGCUGGUUUGGGCCCUUGAACUGCUGGUCUUAUUGUAAGCCAUGUAACCAAAAUGAAUGUGUUUGUUUUACACAUUUGCUUCUGCAUGUUAUCAGAAGGUCACACCAGCUUUCAGUCACACUUUCCAAAAGGAUGGGAAGCCUCCCUGGACAAUCCUCUCUUUAGGCUGUGAAUGUGAAGACAGUGCGAUGACGACAAUAUGAUGUGUUAUGGAACAGAAGGAGUCGACAGCCGGCCUAAUACCAGCCCAUAUUGAUGCACCAAAUGCUGUGAUACGAGACACCAGCAAGAUUGUCUGAGCCUUGCCCUCUCCACCCUACCCUACCUAUGUUUUAGUACCAGGACCAGAACAUGCAUGGUGUGAGGUCCUCUGUUGAACUGCUUCUACUCGCCAACAGCCACAUGUAACGCCUCCCGCAGUGCAUGUUGUUGUUUAUAGCAUGUGCUGAGCUAAUUGGGUAAUAUUGCUGUGUAACAGGUUCUCUGGCCAAUCAGUUGUCAUCUUGUUUGCAACUUGUCCGUCCGUCCGUCCUAUCACAUACUCCGAAUGUGGCCAGUCCCCUCAGUCAAAUGAUAGAAGAGAAUUCAAAAGACUUACGCCUCUACUCAGCACAGUCAUACUUUAUAAAAAGAAGAGUAAUCUAGCGGUGUAUAGAGCAUUAUUUUGAAAAUUCUUAACAUGUUUGUUUUUGUAAAAAUAGAUUUGCCACAGAUAUAUAUAUAUAUAUAUGCCUCAUAAUUUUCUGUCUUACUAGAAUGUAUUUUUGAAACAGAAAAAGGGGCAAACUGUUUACAAAGAACUAUGAAUAAUAAAUGUGAGUAGGCGCUGAAAUUUGUAUGAUUUUGGUAUAAUUCUGAUAUCAAAUCAUCCGCAGUCAGUAAAUAGAAGCUUUGGCUAUGCAGAACUUUAGCACAGAUGGCUAACCCUAGACCAUAAAAAGUAUCUAUUUUACUUGUAUAUUUACUAUAUCUGUGUGCUUAUUUCAGAUUUUAUACAGACUUGUAAUGCAGCUUAUAAUGUCAAUUGUAUUUGUAUUCGUUCAUCAUGUUUUUUCCCUUUUGAACUUUCGUUGUGGACGUCUACUUUUGUGAACGUUUCUUGUGAUGGUGUUUUUCAGCAUGGGCCUUCUCUCUCUCUCUCUCUCUCUCU